AUGAGGGUCGCUACGAAUUAUAAUGACCUUCGAAUUCGAACAUUAUUUGAUCGAAUAUUACAAUUAUUAUCCAGUACACAACCACCUGAAACAGCAAGUGGUGCAACACUUGUUCAAUGUAUUGCACAAAUAAAUGAUCAAAAUUUUCGAGAAUUAAUUAAUUAUGAUAAUAAUCAACAAUAUGAUCAAAUUUAUUUAUUAAUUAAUCAUAUAACGAAAAGAUUAGAUAAUGAAGUGCAACAAGCAAAUAUUAAUUUAUUUCAAGCUGCAAAAAAUGGACCUAUGUAUGGUUGUUUAAGUGGUAUUAAUGCACUUUUAACAAUUAUUCAGGGUGACAAAUAUGAAAAUGAACAACAAAUAAAUCAAUGGAGAAUUUUAUUUGAUCAUUUAAUUGAAUUAUGUUUAGAAAUAGCUUUAUUAACUAGUCCAAUAGUUAGUUCAUCAUCACCUGAAGGAAUGAUGCCUAUGGAACUUACUGACAUUAGUAGAAAAGUUGAUGAUGGAAAUUCUAAUGGACAAAUAACAUCUCAAAUGUUAUUAGUAUGUUGUUGGAGAACAAUUAAAGAAAUUUCAUUAUUAUUUAGUCGUUUGGGACAAAUUGGAAUAAAAUAUAUUCAAAAUGAAACUCAAUAUCGAUUUAUUUCAUUAAAACAAAUUCAUAUUAUAUGUGAUUAUUAUAUGGAACAAUUAUUAAAAUCUCGUCAUUGUGGUGCAUAUGAAUUAGCUUAUACAGGUUUUCUUAUUAUUUGUGAACAACUUUGGAGUUCAAAUUGUAAUGAAUUAUGUAAUUUACCAAUAAAAUGGAUUGAAAAUGGAAUAAAAAUGGUUGAAGAAAAUAGUCUUGAUAAAAAUAAAUUAUGUUUAACACGACGAUCAGGUGGUUUACCUUUUUAUCUUCAAUCAAUAUUAACUGAUGAACCAAUUAAACAACGUGGACAACAAAGAACAUAUGUUGCAAAAUUAAUGGAAACUUUAUUAAAUAUUAUACAAAAUGAUCCAGAUACAUUACAAAUUGAUGGACAAAUUUUAGAAAAUAGUCGAAAAAUUCACGCAUACAAUACGGUUCGUUCAUUUUAUCGUAAUCAACGAUUUGCAAAUGAUGUCUAUCCAUAUAUUGAGCGUGGUCUUCAUUUAUCAAUAACUGGUUUUACAUCAUCAAUAUGGAUGAUAAGAAAUAGUGCAACAUUAUUAUUAUCAACAAUAGUUCAAAGAAUAUUUGGUCCAUCGAAAACAAAAGAUGGAGAAGAAAAUUUAUCGAAAAAAAAUAGUAUGACAUCAAGAGAAUUUUUUAAUAAAUAUCCAUCAUUAUUUCAUUUAUUUUAUCAACAAUUACAACAAACAACAAGUACUCGUUCAUCAAUUGAAUCAUUAUCAUCAUCAUGUUUAUUUGCUAUACUUUUAAUUCUUCGUCGUCUUUAUCCAAGUCCACUAGAUGGAAUUGAUUGUUCAUUAACAUUAGAUAAACUUUUACCAUUUGUUAUUAAAUGUGAAGAAUCUCCAUUAUUACGAAUACGAGAACAUUCAUCAAAAGCUCUUUUAGCUUUAAUUCAUCGGGAUCAAUAUUCAACUAUAAUUCAUCAACAAAUAAAUCAAUUAAUGAAACAAUCAAAGGAUAAAAUUAGACAAAAUACUCUUCAUGGUCGUUUAUUACAAAUAAAUGCAAUAUUUCAUUCAAUGAAAAAGAAUCAUCUUCAAUUUACUUUUGAUUCAUCAUUUAGUUUAGAAGAAAUGCUUUCAUCACUUCAAUGGUGUAUCUAUGAAAAUAAUUGUUCAUUAACACAAUAUUGUUAUUUGGAAUUCUUAUACAAUAUUCAUUAUCAAAUUAGUUCGAAUGAAUUAAGAAAUAAUAUAAAUGAAUAUAUAAAUAAUAUUCUAAAAAAUGGUGAUAAAAUAACAAUUGGAAGUGAUGAUUUAACUCGUAUAUUGACUCGUUUAAUAAUUCAUCUUGAAAAUAUUCAAGUUCAAUUAAAACUUUUCAUUUUUGUGGAACAAACUCGAACAGAAUUAUGUUUUAUUGAAACACUUUUAUUAGAAAAUAAUUUAUCUUUAUUUGAAAAUAAUAUUCGACAAUGGAUUAUAGAUUUAUUAUUAACUAUGGAUUUAUUUAAUGAACAACUUUAUACAAAGGCAUGUGAAUUACUUCUAAAAAUGAUUGAUAAAACACAUAACUAUGAACGUUUAACUAGACGAAUCGUUGAAUUAAUUGAAAAAUUAAGACGUCCAAUGAGUUUAGCAGCAAGUUUUAAUUUAAUUAGUGAAUUAUUACCUCUAUGUUCAUCAUCAAAAAAUAAUGAACAAGAUUUGAUUGAACUUGUCUAUGAUCGAAUGAAUGAAUUUGUUGAUGAUGAAAGUAGUGAUGAAUGUGCUUGUGCUAUUCUUAAUCUUCUUAGUAAAGCUCAAUCAUGUUUAUAUGAUUCAUUAAAUGCGGAAAGUAAAUGUCAAUAUUGGAAAUUAAUUUUGAAAUUAUCUUCAUUUUCAUCUGAUAUUGUUCGACAAACAUUUAUAAAAACGAUUCCAUUGAUUAUUAAUGAUAAACGUCUUUCAGGUGUAUUUGGUGCUAAUUGUUAUUUGACACAAAAUGUUUUAUUUGAAUAUUUUACAUGUGAUGCAUUGUUAUAUCCAUCAAGUGAUUUAUUUGUUAAUCUUAUUGUGAAUUUAUUUAAUGAUCUACUAAAUGAUAUUCAUUCAAAUGAUGAAGAUGAAGAAGAAAUUAAUUUCGAUCGUCGUUUAUGGCCAUCAUCUGAAGGUUAUAAUAAUGUAUUUGUAUCUGAAAAUGAAAGUUGUGAUCAUUAUUGUGCUUGUUAUGGACAACAUCUUCUUUCUUCAUUAGAAAAAAUUCUAGAAAAAUCUUCAACAAUAAAUAUUAAUAAAACAAUUGAUAUGAUACGUGAUCAAUGUAAUCGAUUAAUUGAUAUUCAAAUAGAAGCAUUUAAUCGAUUUUUUAUAAGACAAAGAUCAACAGUUCGAUUAAAUCUAAUGAUCGAAUUUCUACGUGUUACAAAAUCAAUACAAGGAAUUAAAUUAGAACAAUUGCCUCAGCAAUGGACAUCCCAUCAUUAA